AUGGACGACAGCUCCACGCGAAAAGCAGUCGAUACGGGCUACGAUCCGUACUAUCUUCGCUACCCCAUCAAAACACUAACGGUGCUAUUCUUAGCGUGGAAAGCGAUCCUGUUACCGAUUAUCGCUAACUCCCCCGGUCUUGGCUAUGAUACCUCCACAAACCUGUUGGCGGUUUCUUCGCCUACAUCAGCAUUCUCUACCACAUGGCCUAACCCGCUGUUGUCCAGCAUAUCGUCUUCGUCUUCGGGAAUUUGGAACUUUGUGAGAUGGGACGCUAUUUACUUUGUUCGUGUGGCCGAGAGAGGAUAUCUGUUUGAGCAAGAGUGGGCUUGGGGUUAUGGAUGGACCGGGUUGUUGAGUUUUCUUGGUUCUGCAUUCGCAAACCACAAUGGAGACGUCCCUAUCGCAGCAAUCGCAUUCAGUGGCAUCGCGCUUUCUCAUCUCAGUCACUUCCUGUCGUCGUUGAUUCUGCAUGCUCUCACGAAAUUGUUAUUCGGGUACGAAACACGAUCUCAAAAAGCGUUCUGCCUCAUAUCCGCUGCUCUCCAUAUAAUCUCUCCGGCCGGAGCCUUUCUCUCUGCCCCAUACGGCGAGUCGCUGUUUUCGCUCUUGAACUUUACUGGCUUCUACAUUUAUUCGUCAGCUUUACUUGUCGAGAAUGCUGGAAGUCGGGCGCGACGUGAUAUUUACUUCUUGCUUGCGGGUAUUCUAUUUGCGACGGCUACUAUAAUCCGGGGAAAUGGCAUCAUAAGUGGUUGCUUGUUUGCAUAUGACGCGGUGCAAGGGGUACUUCAAUUCUUAAACAAUGGACUUUCAAUUGACUUGAUUCGUCGGACUGGCUUCAUUGUCCUUGGUGGGAGCAUUGUCGCUCUCGGUUCGAUUAUACCCCAGUACAUUGCUUACACGGAGUAUUGCGUCGCGACAACUCGGCCGUGGUGUGAACGAUUGUUGCCUAGUGUAUAUGGGUGGGUCCAAGUUCAUUACUGGAACAACGGCUUCUUACGAUACUGGACCAUCUCCAACCUACCGCUUUUCAUACUAGCAGCGCCUGUACUUGCUGCAAUGCUAUACUCGUCCUUCAGAGCACUGACGGGGCGUCUUGGACCAUCGCACACAACUCACGUGUCUAUCUCCAAGAUGAACACAUCCCAAUCUGCAGUACUUCGUCUUGCCAUUGCGCAAGGCAUCCUCGCAGCGAUGACCCUCACCAGCCUCCACGUCCAGAUCAUCAACCGCAUUGCAUCAGGCUAUCCCGUGUGGUAUUGGUAUCUAGCUACCUCGGCGUGGGGAUCAACCACACAGCUCGGCAGUCGAAUUUUCACCACAGCCGUUCAAGGAAUGGCCAUGUAUGCGCUGAUACAGGCGGUGCUGUAUGGGUCAUUUCUGCCCCCAGCGUGA